CAGCUGAUCCAGUUGUCAAAGUAAAAACUUUUCGUUUCGUGAGACAGUUGUCAUAUUUAACAACUUUAUUUAUUAUUCUGUAAAUAUAUAUAUGUAUAUGUUUAUAUUUAUAUUUUUUUCUGUAAAAUGAUAGAGACAGUUGAUUAAAAAUGAUGAAUAAGAAUAUGAACUCACCAACAAAACUGACCGAGUUUGCUCCGCUGAGUCCGCAAGAAAACCAACCAGUUGUUGCAUCUCUGUUUUCUAAAUUUUUUAACCUGACCAAAAAUGUUACGGAAAGUCCAGAAACCGAUGGAGCUAGAAAUGCUGAGGUGUCACCUAGUGUGGAUGAUCAAAGUUCUUCUGGAGACUCGGGCUCUUGGAGAGGUGAUAGUUCUGAAAAAACUCCAGAAGACAGUAGUUCAACAAUGACAUUUAAUUUAGACGUUUCUGAAGGUCGGAGUUUGCCAAAUGUUCUCAGGAGAAUCAGCAAUAUUGUAGCACUCAAGAGCAAUAAUUUAAAAUCGUACAAAGAUUCACAUCUGAGGAGCUAUUGGAUGCCAGACAAAAAAGCUAAACAGUGUUAUGAAUGCUGUGAGCGAUUUACUACAUUUAGAAGAAGGCAUCAUUGUCGUGUCUGCGGGCAGAUAUUUUGUUCAAAGUGUUGCUCAGAUGAAAUUCCUGGUAAAAUAAUGGGAUGUACUGGUGAUUUAAGGGUCUGUACAUACUGUUGUAAAGUUGUUUUGUCUUAUUUGCAAUCUUCUGAUAUGAAAAGCGUUUUGUCAGCAGAUUUAAAAGCUCUUCAGGAAGAUUUAGAGGUUAAAUAUGGAGGAAACGAUACUCUGGCAGUAGCUGAAAUAAAAUCAAGUACAAUUGAAGAUGAAACGAGAAUUUACAGAAAAACUAGUGUUGGAUAUAUGGAAGAAAAAUAUGCUAUUGGAACACAUUCUGGUGAUUAUUUAACGUCUCAUGAACGUUCUAUUGUUUUAAAAAAUUCCGCCUCACUGAGAAUUAUUUGUCAAGAGUUGUUUAGAUCAAAUAAAUCUAUACCUUUGGAAACUCAUCGGGUGAGACUUAAAAAUUAUUACAACUGUUUUACGGGAAAUCAACUGGUUAACUGGAUGAUAUCACAAAAUAAAGCAGCAACACGUAUACAAGCUACGGCAAUUGGACAAGCAUUAUUUCAAGCAAAUUAUAUCGAAUCAAUGCAGUCAGACAUUGAAUUUACAGAUUCUCCAGCAAUAUUUACACCUGUUACUAAUAAUUUAUCUGAUAAUUUAUUAAAUAAAAAUGUGUCUAGUUGUGAUAGCCAUGAGCCUGCAUGGGUUAAAAAUAUACCACAGCAUGAUUCAACUGGUACUGAUUCUGAAAGUGAAUCAAAACAAUCUGAAAUUACUACUCGGAUACCUUCCUCGGGUUCGAGUUUUUAUCUGGAUCUCGAUGUUGGAGCAUCUACAGUUACUUUAAAGCGACCUACAACUUUGGAUAAUUUUUUUACAGAUACAUACAGUGAUCCUGGUGAUCAGCAGCAAAUUUUAUCUAAACUUGAUCAAUCAAAUAAUACCGGAGUAACUGAUGAAAUAAUAAAUGAUGAAAAUUUAAAAGUUCAACAGGUUAAAGUUAGAAACUGUUGGCACAAAGUUAACAAUCUUUGUAAUUCUUAUGGUGAAAUGAGUGCUUACAAUAAUCUGUCUAUUGCUUACAAACAGCACGAGGAAUAUUUAAUAAAACAGCUGUUGAAUAAUAAAGGAUUGUCAUCAAGUUGGGCUGAGGUGAUAUUGCCACUUGCUCAUCAGAUUGUUGACCAAGUAAGACCUAAUAAAAAUCAUGAUGCCGAUGAUAUGGAUAUACGUCAGUACGUUCAGAUUAAAAAAUCACCUGGUGGCGCCAGAGAUGACUGUGAAAUAUUGUCUGGAGUAUUUUGUAGUAAAAAUGUUGCACAUCGUGCCAUGAAUGCAAUGAUUGCACAUCCUAAAAUAUUACUUUUGCAGUGUGGUUUGAUGUAUCAACGAGUUGAAGGCAAACUAUUAAGUCUUGAGCCAGUAAUGCUUCAAGAAAAAGAGUAUUUGGGUCAUACAGUUGCCAGGAUUAUGGCAUUGAAACCUGAUAUAGUGAUGGUUCAUCGAUCAGUUGCUCGAUUAGCUCAGGAUAGAUUUCGUGAGUGUGGAGUCACGUUGAUAUUAAAUGUUAAGCUCAGUGUUAUGGAAAGAGUCGCUCGUUGCACAGGUGCUACUAUUGUCAAUACCAUUGACGCACAUUUAACGACUCACGUUAAAUUAGGAACAUGUCAAAAAUUUUAUCUCAGAAAUUUUCCACGUGAUAAUAAUUCUGUUAAAACAAUUAUGUAUUUUGAAAGCUGUGCAAAUUCACAUUUAGGAUCUGGAAUUCAUUUACGAGGAGGUUCCUUGAUGGAGCUUAAAAAAGUUAAAAAUGUCAUGUCUACUGUCAUUUUUGCUGCAUACUCAUGGCGUCUUGAAAAAUCAUUUUUAAUGGAUGAAUUUGCUAAACCACCUUCACCUAAAGACUAUUUUUUCAAUGAAAAUUUUCGUCAAGAAUCUGAUGACGGAGAUUUGGAUCAACAACAAGUAACUGAUGAUAAUAAAUCUUGUUUUAAAAAAGUUGGUGAUAUUAAUCAAGAUGAUAUUGAAAAUAAAUUAAAGUUUAAGGAUAAAGUAUUGGGAGAAGAAAAACGUAGUCAUGGUGAAUCGAUAAGCGAUUUAAGUGAUCCACUGCAUCAAUAUUUGAAUGAGCAAGAUGACAUAAUUAUUUUACCUAAUAAUUCAAACAGUUUAAGUCUCAGUGUUGCAGAUCUUCCAUUGCUUAAUAAAUUUAAAAAAUCACUUGACGGUACUAUUCUCAGUUUUUCUCCGUAUUUGAAAUUUACAAUACCAUAUUUGGAAACAGAAUCUGGUAGAAAUUGUGUUUUACGUAAAUUUUUUCCCAAAGAUAUUUUUUAUUCUCCACAAUUUAUAGAUACAGUGGAAGGUACUAAAGUUAAUAAUAAUAAUUGUCAACAACAACAGGAACAGCUACAUCAACAACAACAACAAGAAAAAGAACAAGAAAUACAGAGUACAGUUAAUUUUAAAUCACGGCACCCAUUUACACUGGCUAAAUUAACAGCUGGUAUUGAAUCACGUCAAGUACAGGCACUGAUAGCAGAUUUUCGUGCUCGGGGUAGUCGACUUAAUCCAACAAACAAUAUACUAUUGAAGACAGUUAAUAGAUUAUCGGAGUUAAAUGAAAAUAAUCAGACUAAAUGGCCUGAUUGUUUAGAUCCAUCGAGUCAUCAGAGACUGGCCGUACUCUUUUGUAGUUUUUCACACAAUGCAAAUAAUGUUCCUGCUUUUUGUGUUAAUCCGUGGAUUGUAAAUAUGGAUUUAUACGGUCGUAAUGAUAUUGCUCUGGGACGUUUUUUGGAGCGUUAUUGUUUAACUUCUGAAUACAAAUGCCCAGCGGCUAAUUGUCGGGCUCAAAUAGUUCAACAUGCACGACGUUUUGCUCAUGACAGUAGUUGCAUUCACAUAACUCUAAAAAAAAUGUCAGCAGAUCCUUUUGGGCAAGAAAAUAGCCAUGACAUUCUUAUGUGGAGCAAAUGCAUUAAAUGUAAAAAUGUAUCACCAGUUGUACCCAUGUCUUCAGACACUUGGUCACUCUCAUAUGCUAAAUAUCUUGAGCUACGUUUUUAUAAUAAUGCUUAUACUAAUCGUAGCUCUGAAACAUGUGUCCACUCACUUCAUCAUGAUUAUAAUCAAUAUUUUUCACGUGGUAAUAUGCUUGCAAUAUUUAAAUAUACAACAAUAUCAUUGUGGGAAAUAUCAUUACCACCACCAGUUAUACAUAUUAUUUAUGACGCUAAACAGCACGUAAAUGUUAUUGAAGAAAUGAAAAAUAUUGCGUUGAAAGGUGAUGAGGUAUUUUCAAGUAUUAAAGAAAAACUUAUGACUCUUCAAUUGGAACAGGAUGCGCUAAAUGCAGCCAAGCAGCAAGUAGCCAAAGAGCAACAGUAUUUUAAAAAUAAAAUAGAAGAAGUUCAGUUAAAAUUAACAUCUCCAACAUUGGAAAACACUAAAUUAGAGGGAAAAGCUUCUGAAAGACAAGUUCAGACGUUUAUGUUUAGAAUAGAAGAUGGAUUGGUUAUUUUAAAAAGAUUAAUAUCUGAAGCUGUGUCAAAUUGGAAUGACAGAAUUAAUGAUAUUACUACAAAGAAAAAAGAUCAAAGACCACGUAAAUUUACUGAUAGAUCACUGACUGCUGGGAGUAUUAAUGGGAUCGUUGAUACUGAUGGUUAUAUAACAGAAGACACUGCUUCUGAAUCAUUGAUUGAGGAUCUGAGUCCAAUGUCUGCAGAUUAUAAUGCAAUUGAAGCUAUUUCAGCAGUCUCCAGUACAGUUCAAAGUGAUGGAUUUUAUUUUGGUGAUAAUAUGCUCGAGAGUUCAGACAAUGAAAUUCAAGAGACUAGUCAUGAUGUCGUUGUAGUUAAAGAUUCACCAAAAUCUCAUCAUCGUUCAUACUCGGAUGUACUUCCUGUUGUUACAUCUGACGAUAUGCCAGAUCGUAAAAAAAAAAAGAAAACAAUAUUGUCACAGCUUUUACCAUCGACUACAAUUACAACUCCAAUUAAUAAUCCAUUGGGUGUUUUGGAACACCAUUUACUUCCUCUUGGUUCAGUUGUUCCGAUAGUCGUAUAUGAAAGUGAGCCGUCGUCUAUAAUAGCUUAUGCUUUGGAUUCUCAUGAUUACAAACACGCGCUGCAGGAAAUUAUUCGAACAACCAAAAUUCCCACCGACCAAAAUCAAAGUCCUUCAAUUAAACGUAAAUUAGAUAGUAAAGAUAAUUCAAUAGAGUCUGGUCAAUCAGAUAAUAAUUUACAAAAUUCAACGGUUGAGAAUGAAGAAGAAAGCAAGACAAUAAAGCAACAUAAUUAUAUUCAAGUUCAGUUUGCUGACAGUACAACAAAUUUUUACUGCCGAAUAUAUUUCGCAGCUCAGUUUGCAGCUUUGAGAGAUAACGUUCUACCUUGCGGCGAAGACGGAUUCACCAGGAGUCUUUGUCGAAGUGUCCAGUGGGCCGCAAGGGGCGGAAAAAGUGGUAGCACUUUUUCAAAGAGUCGCGAUGAUAGAUUCAUUUUAAAAGAAUUAUCUCGCGUUGAAAUGCAAAUAUUUUUAGAUUUUGCACCAAAUUAUUUUGCAUAUAUGGAAAAAUGUCAGCAAACGAAACAACCGACAUUGUUGGGAAAAAUAGUCGGAGUUUAUCGUGUGUCUUUUAAAAAUAAUACAACGAAUGCCGCUUUAAGAACAAGUGUUUUAGUAAUGGAAAAUUUAUUUUACUCACGGACAAUAACUGACAAGUAUGAUUUAAAAGGGUCAGUAAGAAAUAGACUAGUAAAUUUAGAGGAAGCUGAUCAAGAGGGCGAACUAGUUUUGUUGGAUGAAAAUUUAUUGAACAUGAGCUGUGAUUCCCCUUUGUACAUUAGACCACAUUCAAAAUCAGUUUUGAAUAAAGCUAUAGAGCAGGAUACUAAAUUUCUGGCUGAUAAUUCUGUAAUGGAUUAUUCACUUCUUGUUGGUCUUGAGCCAGAAUCAAAUCAACUUGUAUUAGGAAUCAUUGAUUAUAUACGAACAUUUACUUGGGAUAAAAAACUUGAAACAAUGGUUAAAAAAUCUGGAAUAUUAGGCGGUCAAGGCAAACUACCAACAAUAGUAUCACCAGAAGAAUAUCGAGCUAGAUUUAUAGCUGCUAUGCACAGAUAUUUUCUACCUGUACCAGACAGAUGGACUGGGCUAGGUCGUGGUGUCGAGUAACAAUAAUAAACUUUCAGUAUAAUUUGUAUAUAAUAAUGAGUAUUAAUUAUACAAUACUCUUUUUUUUUAUACUAAUGUCAUUGUGAUUUUUUUCAGUAUAUUUACGUACUCAUACAUAUGAUGUAUAUGUAUAUAUAUUAUAAUUUAUAAUAAAUUAAUAAAAUUAUUGAUAAAACACUU